UUGUGAUUUUGUCCUCAAUAAUUCUUGCAAGGACAUCAUUUGUCAAAACGAAGGACGUGAACCACUCUGUGAAGAUGUUGCUCUUGACGACAUUCCUGCUUACCUUUGUCCCUCUGUCCCUUGUAGCCUACUGUGUAUUUCUCGGCAUAUUUGAUGCUGCAACUACUGAAAUUGGACUCGAACACUAUGGAGAGAAACCCCUUGUGAGCAUACCAUGGCUGAUGCCUCUUAACACUGCAGUAAACUUUGGCUAUGUUGUCCUCGGAUUGUACUGGAUUUACUUCUCGAAAAAGAAUCUUCCAACAAAGGAACAAUUCUUCUUCCACAUUUUCAGUUGGUUCGCCAUUAUUUAUGGACCAGCACAACUCAUGCGAUUUUUAACCCAGAGCCAUCACUGGGCUAUCAUUGACCAGUACUAUACCCUCCCCAUCUUUGCCUGGGUGAUACCAUGGGCUUUACACUAUACUGACUCCUACACCAAUCAGAAGGCAAUACUAAUAGAAAUAGCCUCUGUACUCAGUUAUGUGUUGACUCUAGUGACACCCAUUGGAUUCGAGAUUGCUUUAGGUAGUCACAUCCUACUUGUUUGUAUCAUCGGAGUGAACUGCUAUGUGAAACACCAGAGCAAAGAUGCCCUCAGAGCUCUUAUACUUGCUGUGUUAAACUGUGGCGGAUUUGUGGUCUUGAAGCUGUUGGACUUGCAUCUCCCAAAGGUACAUCCUUUCUUUGAGCGCGUCAGUGGACACUUUCUGUCCAAAAUAUGUGAUUGUCUUCAGAUCCAUUAUACAUUAGAAUGCUUUUAUGCUAUGUAUCGGACAAAAUCUGCCAACGAACAGAAGAAGAGGUAGACUUCUUGAUUCGAUAUUCAUUAUGUCCUCACACAAAUGAUUGUUCUUCAGACUUUUUUUGAAUUUUAGAAAUAAAGUCAUCAAUAAUUGAAUAA